AUGUACGAGAGGACACCACUGAUAGGAGCUGCAACAUUUGGCCACAGAGAAGUGUUUGAAUUAGUUGUGGAUAAAGGAGGCAAUACUGCAUUUGUGGAUAUAAAUGAUAAUAACAUCCUACAUUUGGCCUGUCUUGGAGGACAUGUGGAGAUGGUGAAGUACAUCCUCUCACAGAAGAUUGCGGACAUCAACAGUAGAGGAAUGUACGAGAGGACACCACUGAUAGGAGCUGCAACAUUUGGCCACAGAGAAGUGUUUGAAUUAGUUGUGGAUAAAGGAGGCAAUACUGCACUUGUGGAUAUAAAUGAUAAUAACAUCCUACAUUUGGCCUGUCUUGGAGGACAUAUGGAGAUCGUGAAGUACAUCCUCUCACAGAAGAUUGCGGACAUCAACAGUAGAGGAAUGUACGAGAGGACACCAUUGAUAGGAGCUGCAACAUUUGGCCACAGAGAAGUGUUUGACUUAGUCCUGGAUAAAGGAGGUCAUGCUUCACUUGGCCUGCCUUGGAGGACAUGUGGAGAUGGUGAAGUACAUCCUCUCACAGAACAUUUCUGA